ACAAAAUUAGUAUUAUUUUUAAAUUAGCCAUUGUUUUCAGUUAAAAUUUUAAUUCUAUACCCUUUAUUAUUUAUUUUAUUUAAUAAUUAAUUUUUUUAAAAAAUGUGUAAAAAUUUGAACUUACCUUUUUGAGGCCCAUAUGAACAAUGUCUUAAAGUCCAGGAUUCUAGUGGUAGGUUCAGGCGGUUUAGGUUGUGAAUUAUUGAAAAGUUUAGUUUUAAACGGAUUUGAAAACAUUUCCAUUGUUGACUUUGAUAAAGUGGUUCUAUCAAACCUAAAUCGGCAAUUUUUAUUUCAAAAAAACGAUGUCGGUAAGUUUAAGUCACAAAUUGCAUUUGAAAAUAUUAAACCUUGGAACACAUCAAAAUUUCCUCAAUUUUAUGUUGGAAGAGUUGAGGAAUUGAGUCUGAAAUUGUUAUCUGAAUUCGACGUAAUAUUCUCUGCUUUGGAUACAAUUCAAAGUCGAAGAUGGCUAAAUUCAGCUUUUUUUGAGAUUUACAGAUUUUAUAAUAUUUCCAACACCAAUUCUCAAUUAAGUGAAGACAAUAGCCUAAAAAUAUUAAUUGACGGUGGUUCCCAAGAUUUAUAUGGUCAUGUUAGAGUUAUCAGACCAGGCUUUACUUCAUGCUUGGAAUGUUCAUUAACUCUCUAUUCUUCAGAAGACCCAUUUCCUUGUAUAUUAACUGAUAACUUACAGUCGCCUGAAGAUUGCAUAAAUUAUUCUCUGUAUAUUUAUUUUGAUUAUGGUCCAUCAGGUGUUUCUCCCACCGGCACACUUGAUGAAAAUCAGGAGGGUUUAUUAGAGUACAUAUAUGAAAAUUCUAAAAUGAUCGCUGAAUCUAAGCAUAUCAAAGGAGUUACGUUAGAUCUCGUCAAUCGCAUUUGUAAUAGGGCAAUCCUAAACAUUCCAACCACUAAUAGCAUCAUUUCAUCUCUAAUGGUUAAUGUUCUUUUAACUCAGGACUUUAAUUACAACUUUUACUUUUAUUCCGGAGAUGGAAUAACAAACUUAUCCAAAUUUAAACUACAACCUGAUCAAAAUUGCGUGGUUUGUAAUUGUAAGUGUAUAAAAUUGAAAGUAAAACUCGAAAUGAAGUUGGUCGAUCUGUUAAGGGUCCUGUACAAAAAAAUAUCUGUGGAUUCAAUUAACAUAUCAUCCGAUCUAGGUGUGAUAUACUUCGAUAAUCCAAAAUCCCUCAGUGAUCUAUAUGCAUAUAGAUUAAACAUGAAGUUAAGUGACCUCAAGGACGUGUUAUCUGGAAAACUAUACUUAACUUCAAAAGAUUCCCAAACUUGGAUCAUUUACUUAAUAUUUCAAUAAUUAAUAUUAUAUACAUGUG